AUGUCUGAAAAACAAGUUCCACCAUUGAAUAAUUCGUCAUUAUCAGCUAAUUUAUCUCCUGCAGAUAGCUUAAAGGCUAUUAUUGAUGACAAUUAUACAUAUACACCUCCAGAACUCGAUUUUUUCAAUCAAGAUUGGAAUACAUUACAAAAUAUAGGCAGAUUAAUUUCAAAAUCCUUAAAUAAUAUCCAAGAAGAGCCAAUUAGUCCUGAAUUUGGACGCUUACUUGAUCUUUCAAUUCGAUUUUUUGUAAAUGAAACUCUUAAAGUCCAAACAAUCUCAAGUACGAAGCUCUAUCUACAAAAUUCAAACGGUCCAAAGUCACUUACCAGCUUACAAAACCAAUUAUUAAUUUUUGGACAAGAAAAUGAUCGUCUUUUAUCAAAAAUCAAGGAACUUAGUCAAGAGCUUGCAGAUAAAGAGAAAAUUCUUUCCGAAAAAGAGAUAAAUUCCUCACAAAAUCAACCAAAUUCCGAAAAUUCCAGUUUGAAAACGAAACUCCAAACAGUAAUUGAUGAAAACAAGAAGCUCUACGACCAAUUACAGAAGAAAGAAGUCCAAUUAGAGAAAACGAAACAUAAUAUCUCAUUACAACGCAGCAAAAUUGCAGAACUCGAAGCAGAACUUACAGAAAUGAAGUUAAAUGGUGGCCAGAAACCAAAUCCUCAUCGUCCACGCUCAAGUUCCUUUUCAUAUACUCAUAAUCCAGUGAAUGAUCAAACAGAAAUCACCGUAGAACUACCAAAUGAUGUCUCCACAUCACCAUCCUACGAACAAGAGGCCAUUGACAACAUUUCCAAGGUCGAUGCAGAGCUAAACGAGCAACAACAAGAAAUAGAUGAAGCAAACAAUUUAAUGUCACGUUUUCAAGCGACCAUUUUAGAAGAUGAAUCAUUAUUGAACGAGCACGAGCGUCAAUUGAAAGAAUUCGCCAAUGAUGCAGGUUGUUUAGAGUAUGAUUUAGUGUCAAUGGACAAAGUUUUGAGUUCAUUGUCAAAAUCGAACAAAAUUUUCAAAAUUGACAAUGAAAGAAUGUCAUCAUUGAUAAAUGAGAUCAGAUUAGCCAUUGGCCAGAGUGUUCCUCUUGAGAACAUACCGAAAAGAAUCAUAGAACUCAAGAGGAAAAUCAAAUCCCUUGAAAACGAAGAAGAAAACCAAACAAAAAAGGUUUUGUCAAGUUUAGUUCUGUUUUUGACAAAAAUUUUGGAAGGAAAAGACGAAAUUAUAUUCGGUCAACAAACAGUUCUUAAAUCAGACAAACAAACAAGAGAUAAAAUUAAAGAUGCAAUUCAAAAAUCUCUAUCGUUUGUCGUGUCAAAUGACGGUUUUCCACUUUUUGAAAGUUCUUCAGGUGAUGAAUCCGCAACAACCGAAAUUCUUAACAACUUGACAAUACAGAACAAUAGUAAUGUACAUGCUGUUAUUUUGUUGUUAUCAGCUGUCAAUGGAAAGCUAAUUUCUCUUUUGAGAAAUUCGCAAAAAACAAUUGAAAAAAUUACAAAAUUUUUUUCUAUUCCAAUUGACACUUUUUGUAAGAAUAUUUCACUUAUUUUUAGAAGGAUUGAAACAACACUUUUAACAUUCAAAAAACCAAAAAGCAGUAAUAUGAUUGAAAACAUGAAAAAUUACAUUGACUCUGUUGAUGUUUUGAUUAAAAACAGUGAACUUGAAUUAAGACCAAUUGUUGAAGACAGAAACAUUAAUAUUUGUGAUGUUCCAAUUGUUGUCAAAACCGUUUUAGAAUCACAAAAGAAAGAAAAUGAAGAAAACAAAGAAAAAAUUGAAAAAUUAAGAAAAGAAAAAAAGAAUCAAGAGGAUUCUAAAGCAGAAAAAGAGAAACUAAAAGAAGAGAUUGUUAAAUUGAACAAUUUCAACAAUGAAUUGGAAGAAACUAUUUCAACUCUUCGAGAGAAACUUGAAAAUGCAGAACAAAAAUUUCAAAAUGAAAAAUAUAAAAGUGACAGAUUAAAGAUUGCAAUGAAAAACAGGGAAGAAUCAUUCCAAAAGAGAGCAGAUAGUCUUCUUCAGAUAGAAAAGGAAAGAUAUGAUGACGAGAUCAAAAGGAAACAAGAAAUUUGGGAUCGUCAAAAACUUAUUUAUGAAUCAAGAGUUUCACAUUUAUCUGCAAAAAUUGAAGCAUCAAAAGACUCAGAUUUGUCACUUUUAUCUGAUGAAAAAUCUGUUUUAUCUGUUAAUGCAAGGUCCCUUGGAAAUAUCCUUUGCAAGUGCUUUACAAUCAAAGGAGAAUGGACUGAUGAUAAAGUCACAAAGGCUGUUAUGAAAUUGGUUGACAUCGUUCGUAAUUUAGAAUAUGAAAAAAUUUCAAACAAAAUAUAA